GUAACUGUUGCUCUCAUCAUGCCUCCAACCACCUCUAGUGACGAAAUCAAAGUCUUAAUCACCGGAUUUGGACCCUUCCAGGACGCUGCCAAAAAUCCCUCGUGGGAAAUCUGCAAACUCCUGCCAUCCAAUAUAGCGCCCCGCAUCCGUCUUCUCAUUCACCCAGAGCCCCUAAAAGUCUCCUACGCUACCCUCCUCCCCAUCGCGCCCAAACUCCUCGCCGAGCACACCCCCGACAUCGUGCUGUACAUCGGCCUCGCAGUCGGCCAACCGUACUACUCCCUCGAGAAAUCUGCGUCAAAGAGCGGCUACCACCAAAACCCGGACGUCACGCGGCGCGUCUUCACGAAGGCCGAGACGAAGAAGGUCUGGGGGAAGCUGCCCGAGACGCUGAGUUCGACGAUUGAUCUGGACGCCGUGGGGCCGAAGUGGGCUACCGGUGUGAAGACGAGGAAGUAUGGCGCUGAUGUGAGGGUGACGGAUGAUGUUGGGGAGUUUGUGUGUGGGUUUGUGUAUUUUGCGACGCUGGCGGAGAUGGCGAAGAAAGGGGGGGAGCGGCCGGUUGUGUUUUUGCAUGUGCCGGAGAUGGGGGAAGGGAAGGAGUUUCAGGUGGGCGCCGGGGUGGUUGUGGAGGCGGUUAAGGCGUUGGUGAAGGUUUGGGAGGAGGGACGGGGCUUAUAG